CGUCACGAGGUAAGAGAGAGAAGGAGGUGAUGAGAUAGCGAUAAAAGAACAGGCCGUGCAAAGCGAAGCAAAGAUGGAAGCACCGCUUUAGGGUUCAAAAUUUACAGAUAAGCCGUCUUUAACUUUUUUUUCCUCUUCGUUUCUUUUCAAUCGAGGCAGAGAAAAAUUCCUUCCUUUCUUCCCGCCACCGCCAUUCCACCGUUCUCCUCCUCCCUUCAGACUCUCCGGAAUUAGGCACACACAUGGCAUCCCAAGUUGUUCGUGAAUGGAUUGGGAUUAACAACUUCGCACCGGCUACACAAGACAAAUUACUUGAGUUGCUUGGAAAGCUGAAGCAGGAGAAUGUUGCCACCUUGACGGUACUUGUAAUGGGAAAGGGUGGUGUUGGAAAGUCAUCCACUGUGAAUUCCAUUAUUGGUGAAAGAGCGGUAUCUGUUAGUCCUUUUCAGUCAGAAGUGCCAAGGCCUGUGAUGGUUUCUCGCUCGAGGGCUGGAUUUACAUUAAAUGUCAUUGAUACACCUGGCAUCAUAGAAGGUGGUUAUAUCAAUGAUCAGGCACUUGAGAUCAUAAAACGCUUUCUUUUGAAUAAGACCAUAGAUAUUCUUCUCUAUGUGGAUCGCUUGGAUGCAUAUAGAGUAGAUAACUUGGAAAAGCAGGUUAUUAGGGCCAUAACAGAGAGCUUUGGUAAAGCAAUAUGGAGUAGGGCUUUGGUCGUCCUUACUCAUGCUCAAUUUUCCCCACCAGAUGGAUUACCAUAUGAUGAGUUUUUCUCCAAAAGAUCAGAAGCUCUACUGAAAACAGUCCGAGCGGGUGCCUCUUUCAGCAAACGAGAUACUCAGGUACCGAAAAUUCCAGUUGUUUUAGUUGAGAACAGUGGACGGUGCAACAAGAACGACAAAGAUGAAAAGGUUCUUCCAAAUGGGACUGCGUGGAUUCCUCACUUGGUUGAGACGAUCACCGAAGUCGUGUCGAAUGGAAGCAAGUCUAUUUUUGUCGAUAAGAAGUUGAUCGAGGGCCCGAACCCCAAUCAAAGGGGGAAGUUGCUGAUUCCCCUUAUUUUAGCUCUCCAAUAUCUCUUUGUCGUUAAACCUAUCAAGCAAGCAAUAAUAAGUGACAUAUCGAACGAAAAGAGACUGUCAUGGGAGGUAGACGCAUGAGACGAGCUUGUACGACUGCAAGUAAAGUAGCGAUUUGGCCCCAUCAAUAUUCUCAACAAUGAAUAUGGCUUUUCUGUGAGUUAAACUCAUUAGUCUGUUGUUCGUGUUGAGUUCAGUUAUUGUCGUGUUUUGUAGAAUUUUGAAUUUUGAGAGAUCCGAGUUUCUCUAUUAUGCAAAUUCGUGCACGCUGCAACCUCAAUUCGGGUACUCAUAUUAACUUAAAAGGAUUGCAUUUCUUUCCUUCCGUUUGAUCCUUACCUAAUCCUUGUCACUCUCCAGAUGACCAUCAUCUUCCUUCCGUUUUA